AAGCAUCCAGCAAAAACUCCAAGGCUGGGUCCCGAGUGCUGAGACAGCUGCGUUAAUCUGUGUCCUUCUGUAAUUCUCUUUCUACAUUCUUCCUACUAAUUGAUGGAUAUAUAGCCUGAGCAAUGUAAUUUGGCUGUUUUUAUUCCUUAACUCCAGCUCUUACCCUCUAUGUCAUCUCCAUUAAUACAGACCACAACAGUUAUCUGUUUACCUUCGGUAUAUUUUGCAGCUGCCUAGUGGUAUCCUUGGCCCGACUACUUACGCAAGACAACACAUCAUCCUGGAUUUAGAAACUCUUAUCUAUUCCCCUAACUUUUAAGUAGUCUUGGGGAGUUGGCAACAGUGGUAGCUAAUGUCUUAUUUACAACCCUACAUCCAUAAAUUCAUUAUCGUGAGACGAAACGUAGAUGAAGGAUUUUUUAAUUCCGUCUUGCUUAUGAUUAAACCUUUUCGAGUAUUGAAAAAUUAAUUGCCUUCAAAUUAAAUCCAAAUAUAAUCAUGAAGUUGUAGAAGCGUAGGUAAAUUUUUAAUGCCACCGGCUGCAGCUGGCCAAAAUAAAAUCCUUCCUUGAAUAUUCGAACAAAUUUCCAUUAAACGUGGUGGUUUCACCUCGUCCCGGGUGAUUGCAAUUUGGCAGAUGCGAAACCUUCCCUGUGUUAGAAUUCAAGACGGUCGCAAAAUCCUCUAAUUGGCAUCAACAGAACAGUCACAUUCCUUGUGUCCGGGGAUGGUGGGGGUGGGGGCGGGGAGGGCAGGAGUGCGCAGGCGCCUUUCGAUAACAUUCCAAAGUUUGCCCACCGUUGUCCCGCCUACCUGUUUUUCGUAUACGACAAUGUGAAUUCGGGAAAUCCUGUUAAUUGGUCAGUCGAGGGUUCAAUCAGGCAGGGUUUAAGAAGCCCUGCCCCUGAACGUAGGCUCUCUGGGUAUUUGUCAGUUUGAGUGUUGCAUGGUCUUUCCGAAAGGAACGGGAGGUGCGGAAGGUGGAUUAUUGUACAGAAUAACGGCGUAUUCAGGUUCCGCGUGCGCCCGCUUCUGAGCCUCAUCCUUAUCCUGCAUUGUAGGAGCCCGCAGGCGCGGGGCGGGUGCGAUGAGACAAGAUUUUAAUGAAAUUGCUGAGCCUGAGUUUCUCAAUUGCCUGAAGUGUAUAAGAAAGAAAAUAUAUUUAUGGAACCAAAUCUUCAGGAUACCUGUGAGGCUGAUACAGAAGAAGCACAAAAAACGGCUGUGUCUAUCGAAGCUGGUCAAACCCCUGCAAGAUCAACAGCCCACAUAAGUAAUGAUGGAUUGGGACCUUCAACCAGUGAUUUUCACAUGGGGAACCCUGCUGAGAGCGAUGUAUGUUUAGAUAAAGAAGCCAUUUAUGUAUCUGGCUUCAUUGAAAAAGACCAUGACAGUUUAAAGUUAAUUGGCUGUACUAACAAGAAUUCUUCCUUUAUAUCUGCAGCAUCCGUACAAGUUUCUCAACCAGUGGUUGAUAUUAAAACAUCAGGGCGAGCAGCAACUAAUGACAAAAGUCCACAAAAAAGCAAAAGACUACUUGUCUCUGACCUAAAAUUAACAACUGAUCUUUUUACUACAGAUGUGAUAGUGUCUGCAGAUAAAAGCCAUCAAAUGUUUGAUACAACCCUUUUACAGCAAAGUGCUAACAUUAAUAAGGAGAAAUCUAAAUCUGCAAAUCACAGUUUACAAUCUGCAGAGUGUCAUUCCACUGUGAGUAAGAGUAGUGUCGUAUGUCCCGCAAUUGCUUCAAAAGAUACCAGUCUCCAUCCCAACACGCUGGUAGUUUCAGAGCAGCAUACUUGUGAGGUAGAAGGCCAACAGAGAAAAGGGGGAGAAGAUUCGCUAAUUAAUCACUUAAAACAUUCUGCUGCAGAUGAGAAUGCUGUAACUUUGAGUGAGUCUGGAAUCAAGAUUUGUCUCACUCCUGAUCCAUUACUUGUACAGCAAAAUGCAGACAAAAGACAGCAGCUGUACAAAAAAGAACAAAAUAAUCUGACGGAUAAUCCAGGAGUGGACCUUUGUGAUAUAUCUGUGAAUGGUUGUCCUGGUGAAACAGAUGCUCAUCCUGUGAACAUCCCUAAGAAACGAGGAAGAAAGCCUAAAAUUGCAGUGGUUGCAAUUGCAAAAGGAAUUCCCAGUCAUGGCAACACUGAAAAUAGUGGUGGCCCAGAAAUGGGAAAUCUUGAACCAGUGCUGAUUACAAAGAAACAAGCAAGAAAACUUAAAAAUACAAAAGCACUGUCUCUUGAAGGAACAGUGUCACAAACAUCAAAAGGAGAUUGUGAUGUUGUGAGUGAUGACAAAUUUGAAUUGAGAGCUCCUCAACCAGCCAAUAUCCCAAAGAAAAGAGGAAGAAAACCUAAGAAUGCAAAAAUAACAUCAAUGGGAAGAGUAGUGCCGCACAUGCCAUCAAAACAGAUUUGUGAUGAUGCUAAAAAUGAUAGUAACAAUGAGAUGGGAAUUCAUGAACCAGUGAAGAUCGUGACAAAACGAGGAAGAAAACCUAAGAAUGCAAAAAUAACAUCAAUUGAAAGAGUAGUGCAGCAAAUGCCAUCAAAGCAGAUUUGUGAUGAUGCUAUAAAUAAUAACAAUGAGAUGGGAAUUCGUGAACCGGUGAAGAUCCUGACAAAACGAGGAAGAAGACCUAAAAAUGCAAAAGUAGUGUCUGCUGAAAGAGUGCUGCAGCAGACUCCAAAGGCUGGUGGUGAUAUUUCUGAAAACAGUGAUGUCAUAGAGAUUGAUGCUCUACCACCAAUGCAGAUACCUAAGAAGAAAGGAAGAAAACCUAAAAAUAAGAUGGUGUCCCAAGAAGAGAGUACAGAUACCCAUGGGCUCUUGAAGCCAAUCGUCCAGAGAUUAUUGGAAGAGAGCAGUGCUGAGAAUGAACUAACAGCAAGUGGUCGACCAAAAAGGAGGGCGGCCAGAGCUGCCUUACUUUACCUACAUGAAAUAGUAGAGCAAAUAAAAUCACCUUCUUAUAAGGUAGAUGAUGUGGCUGGCAAUAUAAAUGAUAGUGAGCCAGACCAUUCUCUGGAUCAAACGUUGUUUCAACCUCCAUCUUCCCCGAAACGAAGAAAAGGAAGGAAGAGGCAGAAGAUCAGUGAUGUUUUUGAUGACCUGUCAGAUGACAAAGAUUUUGUGAUCUCAGAUGAAAUAACUGAUGACGAAGAGGUUGAGGAUGAAGAACUUAAUGAAGUUGAACCAUCCAGUGAUGUUUCUGAGUCUGACCUAGAUGACUUUCAAGAUGGCGAAGGUCAGAAACAAAGAAGGAGUCCGAUAAAUAAAAGAUCUUGCAAUACAAAACGUCGGCUAUUUGGAAAUUUCGCUAAUGGCCUCCCAAAUACUAUAAUGGUACCAGUGUGGGAAGCUACAACAAUUACAAGAAAACAUCGAGAGGAACAUCACUCCCCAUGGGUGUUUCCAAAUUGGAUACCUUUAAUGCAGGACUGGAGCUUUCUUUCACAAAGUGAAUCACUUAGAUAUUUGCCCAAUGAAGGAAUCUCACCAUUGUUUAAAGUUAAAAGGGAAGGUCUUCGAGAAAACUCUGUAAUUCAGAGACUGAGAAGAUUCCAGUCACUACCUGCUCAUAAAGAUCGCUGGGAUAUAAACUUCUUUGUAGGUGGUCCUGUAUGGUGUAUGGAGUGGUGCCCAACCCCAGAGGGUUCAGCUGCCUGUCAGUAUGCAGCUAUUUAUUGCAAUAAAAGAAUGGAUGAUAGGCAUAAACUGAUGGAGCAGUAUGCAGAGCCAACAUUGCUUCAGAUUUGGCAACUGGGAGACCUCCAACAGGAGCACUGCCCUCAAGUGAACGCUGCUUUAGCUUAUGGUAUUGCCACAGAGUACGGUUGCAUUUGGGAUAUGAAGUGGUGUCCCAGUGGUGCAUGGGAACUGCCAGAAACCACUAGAAAGAUUCCUCAGAUGGCGAGACUUGGUGUGCUAGCAGCUGCAUUUUCCAGUGGAAAGAUUGUCAUUUACAGUUUACCACACCCCGAGUCUCUAAAUGCCUACAAAACGAAGUGUUCAAAAGCUUCAUCUACUAAAGGGCCAAUCAUAUGCAAGGUUCAAUGUACUGUAAUUCUGGAGAUUGGAUCAGUCCAGUUUAGUGGUUCUGCACAAUGUGGGCAAUGUUUCUGCCUUGACUGGAUGCCAGUUGGUGAACAUGAAUAUUUGGCAGCAGGUUUUUAUGAUGGUACAGUUGCUCUUUGGAACUUGAAUACAACAUCAUUAUUGUUAAGAGUCCAGCAAGGAGAUGGAACUUUGAGGGUCUAUCCUUUCCACUCCUUUGUUGCACAUGACCAUGCUGUCAAAGCCAUUGCUUGGAGUAAAGCUCACAGCAACUUUCUAGUGACAGCUAGCCCUGAUAGGAAGAUCAAGUUCUGGGAUCUCAGAAGAACAUACCAACCAAUCAAUGAAAUCAAGCGUUAUUUGAACACAGAAGUUGCUUGGUUGCUUCCAUGGUGUGGAAUUAUGGUAGCACAGGAAAAUUGCUAUGCUGCAUUUGGACUCAGUGGAAUUCAUUAUGUAGAUGCUGGUUUUCUUGGAUUUAAGCCGUAUUUUGCUGCACCAAGAGCAGGAACAGUAUGGAGUAUUUCUGGCUCUGAUUGGUUGAAUACCUGUGUCUCCGGAGAUAACACAGGAGAGGUGAUGGCAGUAAUCCUCCCAGAUUGUAUGAACAACACAAUGAAUAUCAAGCGACCUAAUGAACGCCGUUUUUCUGUUUAUAAAGCUGACCUCAUUCAUCACAGUGCUGCUAGUAACAUGUCAGCCUCCUGCUCACAUCAAGAGAAAGAGGCCAAUGUCGAAAAGCAUUCUUCUGAAAUGGAGAAGGAAGAUUCAACUUCCAGCCCUGUCAUUGAACCAAAGGCUUACAGUGAUACAGUGAAGAAAUACUACCUAAUGUUUGAUGAUACUGACCUGAGGAGUUUCAAGAACAUGGUUUCCAGAGAGCCUUUUAAAAGAAUACAAAAGGUAGACAAAGCAAAAACUCAUCCUGACCGAAUGCCACUGGAAUCUGUAUAUAAGGUUCGUUUCAAUCCCAACCUUGACGCUCAUGGAUGGGUCCUUUCAGCCGGGCAAUCUGGGAUUGUCCGAGCACACUGUGUGCAGAGUCUUAAUACACAUGUGAGCAAGAAACUGAUCAAGGAAUGUCAAGCACAAUUCAGUUUCAUGUUCCAACCUACAGAAGCUGAAGCUGUUGAGAAUUCCAUUAUCCAUUCUAUUUCACAGAAUGUAAACACGUCAGUGCAAACAAAAUAAUGUGUAUCAACAUGGCUGGAGGGUACAAGGACACCACUCUGCUGACAUGCCAUUACAAUAAAUUUUCCAUGCAAAAAUGCAGUAGUGACGUGACUCCUACCUACUAGAUUCAACCAGGGCACAAUAACUGAACAUGGAAUAGGUAUACAUGUCUGCCAGAUCAGCAGUGUAUGUUUUUCUAAAAAUUUAUUGUACAGAAGAAUAUGUCUUAAUUGUGUUACUGAAAAUCAAUCUAUUGAAUCAGAUACAUGGAUUUUCAGAUGAAGUAUGCAAACUGAACUGCUUCUUUUACUCUCAUAAUUUUCAAUUCUGCUGUAAAAUUGAAGAACAUAAUUGUAGUCCUAAGUAUGCUAUUAUGCCUUUCUUGAAUCAUCUUGAAUUGUAGAGUUUUUUUUACUUUUUUGAGCAAAGCUUAGAGACUAAUGUGGUCCACACGAACUUGUGUCUGGUUUCACAAGAUCGACUUUAGGCAGAUUUUUAACUGCUAAGAAAAGUUUUACAAAACCACAGUUGUUAAAAUCAUGAAAUGUAGUAUACUUUUUUUAAAGGUUGCUUUUAUUUCAAAGUGAUGCAAAAGCAGUGGUCCUUGUUUUACUGUUUGUUGACUUGAGCCAGUGCCUCCAAUUUAUGGCCUGGCAUGAGGUAUUCAAGAUUCUUCUGUGGUACAAAUUAAAAUAUCACUUCAUGUAAAUGACUGGGAUUUUCAGUCUUGGAGAUAGUUUUGUAAUUGGUGGCCACUUGGAGCUUAGUAUAAGUAAGCAACAGAUCAGAUUGGUAUUUAAGGCAAAAAGCAGAUUUGGAGUUUACCUAGAAAACAUGUUACCUGGGUUAAAUUGUUUUUUGUCUGCUACAUACAGAAUCCUAGUGAUUUAUAAUACUGACUGAAUUUAACUGAAAUAAAAUUGCAUUUGGUUGUAAAUAAGUUAAUUCUUUCUCUUGUCCUAAAUGUAAUUGGAAGUGUAAAGUGAGAAGUCAGUUAGGACUCUUGAAAAUUAGGCACAUCCUUUCUACACAUGUGCCUUCUCCCUGAUCUUAUGCAAACGGAAAGCAAUUUUGCCACUAUUAUGCUUCUGCAAAGUUUUCUUUACUUUCAAAUAGAAGUGUCAGUUUUCUUAAAGUACAUAAGUCUUGCACUUAUAAACAAUCAGUCCCCCCAGUGUGUAUGCUGCAUCUUGUCAACCUUGUAGUGAAGAGCCACAGCGUUAAACAUUAUUGUUUGAUGGCUGUGUAGCUUUUCUUUACUCUGAGUAAAAUAUUUGUGGAUGACUUUCCUUUUCUAAUUUGAAUAUCAUUUCAUGAUUUGUAUAACUUGGCAUGUAAAACCGGCAAUAGUCAAUUUGCUCACACUGAGCACUGUUGUCAUUUCCAUACUGCUUUUCUGAGGUUAAAUAAUGCACUGUGUAUAAAAUUAGACUUUUAGCUGUGAACCUUUCUAAAAAGCACUUGGAAAACGUUCCAUGCUUCUCCUACCCACCCAGAAAAAAAAUUCAUGAUUUUCCAAUUCUUUUGUAAAUGUGAUAAUUUUAAAAAAUAACUAGUGGUGUGUUUCUUUUUCAGCUUUAUCCUGGGUUUCUGUUUUAUAUGGUGUAUUUCUUUUAGUUGCUAUUGCAUGUAAUUUUAGCAUUUUUAGAUCAGUAAAUCUGUAACUCACCAAUGUGGUUCCAUGCAUUUGAUGUACAGCUACCUCAAACUCGAAUUGAUUUGGAGAUUUCAUAUGUGAUUUAUAGUGAUCAGAAAACACAGAUUUAUGUACUGCAUACUUAAUUGUUGGUACAACCUAUGCUUCAAAUGUUUUUGCUAGCAUUAUCACUGAAGGUUCUGUAUUCUGGGAUGCAAAAGAUGAUUACCAUGGUGCUUACAUUGUGCAUGAAUGGAUGGGUGUGCUGAAUGAGCGGGAGAAUUCUAUAUCAUUUAUUUGGCUGAUGUAUAUUCCUUUCAACCCCUCUAUCAAAAGCAUGUUGAAAUCAUAUAUUACUAUGAUCAGUAUAGAGUUUUAAUCACUCUCAUUUUUUUUUUUGUAAAAUCACCCCUUAUCUAUCUUGUUGAAAUAGAAGCUGAUACAGAGACCUGCACUUCCAAUACAGACGUAUCCAAAGUACCAACUAUAAUAACGUGUUUUUCCUCAGUAAAGUAUAUGACAUUUUCAAAAAUCCAAUUUUGAAGGUGCAGCUAGCUGCAAUGGUAUGUGUCUUUUUAGAUUUAUUAUACUUUGGCCUUCAAAAAUGAUUCAAAAUGUUUGUUUGGUAUUAGAUAUGCAGAAGACACUGUUAAUAUAUAGCAUGUGGAGAAAUUACUUUGUGACAUAGGUGUCUCCAUAUUUUUAUUUUGUCCUAUAAUACAUCUGUCAACUUUCAGUUGGAACAAGAAAUGCAUUCAAAAUCUGCUCUAAAUGGAUUCUAGAUGAAUGUUAAAUUACUUAUUUUAAUGCCUUUCCCCUUUUUUUUUCAAAAAACAAGGCGACUUGCCCUCUAGUCACUGCCAGUGCUGUUCUGUAUUUAGGCACCAACUGCUAGUAAUUCGAGAGAUUUACCCCUCACUAUUCCAUUUAAGAAUUAUUUUGCUGAUUAAUAUGACUGAAAUUAUAAACUUACUGCCUGGAAAUUUAUGAAUUUUAACCUACUUUAUAUCACUUUGAAUGUGACUUGGUAAUAACGUGCUGCUCCUGGAUGCACUUUGGUUUAGAUUAAUGUCCUGUCAUUUUCUAUAAAUGUUGCUGUCAUAAGUGCUUUCUGAAUUUAAUACAAAAUAAAAUCCGAGUCAACUGAGAAUGCUGCGAUGCAAGAAAACUUCCAAGAAAAGUUGCUCAUUCAGUUCAUGCAUUAAGAGCUUAAUCCCAGUUGCUGUAAGGAAUAAUCAUUUACCUUUAUCCCGACUCAUUAUUUUUGAUCAACCACAGGAUCAUUUUCUCUUAGCUGGUUUGGCUGAGCAUGUCCAAUGAGAAUGGCACAAUUAUUUAAACUUAUGUUUAAUGUGACUAUCCAAUAUGGGUUCUGCAAUGAAACUGAUUUUCUUACUUUCUCUCUAGUACUUAAAAUGCUCUGUUCCUCUUCCACGCACUCACCCACAAAUUUGUGAAGUUGAAACUGCUCUAACUUAUUUGUCACUAUUCAAUGUGGCAUUAGGAUGUUUUUCCUCAGUAUUCUAAAACCAUCACAAAAAUCACAAAUUUCAUUGUUCUAAUCAAGCCAACAUGCUUUACUGAAAGAUGAAGCGUGUAUAAACGUAGCAUUUUCAUUGUGCAAAUGCACAUGGUUAUAAUUUAAACAGGGGAUAUGCAGGUAUCAUUUGUUUAGAGAUCUUUUUCAGAAAUUGCAAAGUUGUGGUUGCAGUAUGGAAAUUAAAAUGUUACGUUUCAUUAUU